AUGUCUGUUGAAAUCAUAAAGGACUAUGGGCUUGCUGCUUAUGAAGAGUUCCGUCAGUUGAACUUUACUGUUCAGCUUUCUAUCCUUGUUUUGGCUCCUUUUCUUUACAAUAUAAUCUGGCAAUUACUUUACAGUUUCCGUCGUGAUAGAGUUCCAAUGGUUUUCCACUGGAUUCCUUGGUUUGGUAGUGCUGUUCCUUAUGGUAUGCAACCAUAUGAGUUUUUCGAAAGCUGUCGUUCAAAAUAUGGUGAUGUCUUUGCAUUCAUGUUAUUAGGUAAAGUUAUGACGGUUUAUUUGGGACCAAAAGGUCAUGAAUUCGUAUUGAACGCAAGAUUGGCAGACGUUAGUGCUGAAGAAGCUUAUAAACACUUAACUACUCCAGUUUUCGGGAAAGGGGUUAUUUAUGAUUGUCCAAAUGCAAAAUUGAUGGAACAAAAAAAAUUUUCCAAAGGAGCUUUAACCAAAGACUCUUUUAGAGUUUACGUUCCUAAAAUAAGAGAAGAAGUUUUGAAUUAUUUCGAAACCUCUCCAAAUUUCAAAUUAACUGAAAACUCCAAGGGGGUUUCAAAUGUGAUGCAUACUCAACCAGAAAUUACCAUUUUCACUGCUUCGAGAUCGUUAUUAGGUGACGAAAUGAGAAAGAAAUUUGAUGCUUCUUUUGCUAAUUUAUAUACCGAUUUAGAUAAAGGUUUUACUCCAAUCAAUUUUGUCUUUCCAAAUUUACCAUUGCCUCAAUAUAAGAAAAGAGAUGAAGCCCAAAGAAAGAUCUCAUCUACUUAUAUGUCAUUAAUUAAUAAAAGAAGAUCUUGUGGUGAUAUUGUUCCUGAUCGUGAUUUAAUUGAUACCUUAAUGACUAGUUCUACUUAUAAAGAUGGUACCAAAAUGACCGAUCAAGAAAUUGCUAACUUAUUAAUUGGUGUUUUGAUGGGUGGUCAACAUACUUCUGCUGCUACUUCUGCUUGGUUUUUAUUACAUUUGGCCGAAAGACCUGAUUUACAAGAUGAAAUUUACCAAGAUAUUGUCAAUUUAUUAAACUCAAAAGGUCCAAAUACUACCUUAGAUGAUUUAAGUUAUGAUGAUUUAUCUGGUUUACCCAACGUUAAUAACGUCAUCAGAGAAACUUUAAGAUUACAUAUGCCUUUGCAUUCUAUUUUCCGUAAAGUCAUGAAUCCUUUAUUGGUUCCAAAUACUAACUACGUUGUUCCAAAAGGUCACCAUGUCUUGGUUGCUCCUGGUUAUUCAAUGACUAGUGAAAGAUGGUUCCCUCAAGCUUUAACUUUUAAUCCUCAUAGAUGGGAUCAGCCUGAUGCUGAUCAACAAAAAGAUGAUGGUACUACCAUUGAUUAUGGUUUCGGUGCCAUUUCAAAAGGGGUAAACUCUCCUUACUUACCUUUUGGUGGUGGUAGACACCGUUGUGUUGGUGAACAAUUUGCUUACUGUCAAUUAGGUACUAUUUUAACUACUUAUGUCUACAAUUUGAAAUGGUCCUUCAAACCAAAUGGUAAAUUACCUGAAGUCGAUUAUGCUUCAAUGGUUACUUUACCAAUGGAACCUGCCGAAAUCGCUUGGGAAAAGAGAGAUACUUGCUCCAUUUAA